AGCUCAUUGGCUUAUUGGUGAGCGUAUGAUUUUAUGGAGUAACGACUGAGCAGUUAUAGUUAUCACGUACGCGUGUUAUGGGUGAUGUUCAUUUCUAGCGACACAACGAAGAUGAAACAAGUCAUACGUGUUAAUGUUAUAUAACCUACUCCAGUGAAAUAUGAUCUUUUGAUUAUGCUCGCUAUCGUUCAUGCAUACGCUCAAAGAUGACAGAGCAGCAAUAAUUGAAGACUACCUAAUUGUGCAACAGCAGACAUUAAUAUUACACUGGGAGUAGGAGCAUUUAUGAAAGCAUGUACAGCACAUGACUAACUGAAGCUCAUAUGUAAUUAAUGAGUCCAUCAAAUGUUUGCAUUACUCCAUCAGUUAAAGUCAUAAAGCAAAUAUUUUGCACAGUUACUUUCUCUUAUACCUUAAAAUUCUAAUUUGCAUUGUGAAUUAUUACAUUAUUAUAACAAACAUCACAAUCUACCGGUCUUCUCUGACUUAUACAUGUUGUUUCAAUGUUGGAUAAUCCUAGUAAACGCAUGCUAAAGCAUUAUAUCACAAGAUUCAAGCCUUUAGGUGUGAGCUUGCACACAGUGUUUGAUGCCUUUGUAAUAUUACAAAAGAUUGGAUACGGUGUGACAUCACAGUGAGAAUGUUAAAAGACUGUGGCUUGCAUUCGUCUAUGUUAUUCCUUCUAAUCUUAUGUCGGUGCACUUUUCAUGUCUAUAAAAUAACUAUAUAUAUGUCUUUACCACAUUCUAAUUGGUUUGAAAAACAAGAGAAGAAAAUAAUAAUUUUCAUGUAAUCGUGGCUAGCACAUAUCACUGACGUGUAACAUGCAGAAACAUGAAUGCUCAUAAAAGUAUCUUUUUUUAAUGCAGUAUCAAUCUGAGUGUGCAGGUGUACCUAAUGUUGUGACCGGUGGAUCUAUAUAUUUUAUGCAACGUUUAUUUUCUGCAAUCUAAAGUAACGCCUCCACACACGAACAUCUUGCAGACAUAUUCAGAAAGUACCCUAAUUUCCGAUCUAUAAGCCGCUACUUUUCCCCCUAUAUUUUGAAUGCAAGGAUGCGGCUGAUUUAUUGAUUUUUAUGGAUUCACAAGCUUCCCAUGUCGCCAAUAAAUGCAUCCUGAUCACAUCAAACUAACCACAUUGUUGACAUGAAAUCAAAGCACUCAAACGCUCAUUCAGUCAUUUAGUGUGUUAUGGACUCACCCUCAUUUUGGAGAAGAAAUCACAAAAUGCACAGGAUUCAACUCAAAGCCAAAAACCAUACACUCGGCCAUCAAAAAAGGAUAUGGCCGCCACACGGAAGAGUAAUUCAAAAGUCUGUGUCAUCGCAUGACACAGAAAAUUAAAAUGAGUGAAAAAACACUAGAUAAAGCAACUCCGAGUUACAUUAAUUUGAACACCGAAGAAAACUACAGCGUGCAGCAAAAAGAGGACGACGAGGAGGAUGAAAAAGAGGAGGAAGAGGAGCAAAAGGAGGAGAAGGAUGGGAAGAGGAGGAGAAAGAGGAAGAGAAAGAAGAGGCAAAGGAGGAGGAAGAACAGGAGGAGGAACACAGCGUUCCUUGGUGCCAUUUUGGGGUCCUUAUACACACACCAUAAUAAUACCCUGUGGAGAGGCAGGGCCGGCGAGCGAGCAGCAAGGCAGGGCACGCCGAGGCCCGGCCCAAGAUGGCGGCAAGGAGGCGUGGACGGCGAGCGAGCGGCGAAGCAGGGCGCGCCGGGAGCGACGCCGCAAUCGUGCCCAGGUGUGCGAUCCGCGCACCUGGGCACGAUCAUCCAAUCUCCUCUCGCUGAAGAAAAGGGGAACAGCAGAGAGAGAUGGAGGGAAGGCUGGAAGGAGCCAACGAAAAGCUGACGCGGAGCGAGAGAGGAGAGCCCGAGACAACGAGCGAGCGAGCGGAGGAGAGGAGCUGAAAAGCGACCGGGACUGAGGUUUUGUUUGAAAAAAUAAAACAAACGUCAAACUGCUCAGAGAUGUCGCUGUUUGAUGGUCCAUGGAACCCACAAGGCGGCUUGAGUCC